AUGGCUGAAAAAGCGGUGGCUGGUCUGGCUGCAGCGCAACAAUUAUUGCUCCGCGGCGCCGGUGCUCCAUCAGUCGAUCAAAUUCUACCGUACCCCUGGCAGAUGGCACUGUUUCAGAAUCAUCUGGCGAAUCUGAUGAAUUCACAAAUCUCGCCAUUCGGCGGUCAGGUUCUUCCAAGUCCCCUGAUUCCCACAAAAACGACGCCAAAAAAGGGGGGAUUCGAUGUUUCCGAUCUUCUAGCCAAGCCCUGA